AGCAGAGAUGAGGAACAUUUUUUUUAAUUUUCAAAAUUUUUCAACUUAACAGUAUAAACAGGAUAGAGAUCUAGAUAAUCAGAACAGCUAGUAUUUUACAGUUGUUAUAGAUAGUUAGGAGGUGUUAUAAUGGCUAAGAGAAGAACAAAGACCAGAACUCAUAAGAGAGUUUCGGAAGAAGAAUUGGCCAAGAUCCCUAGAUCUAUGGUCAUCAGACUUGGAUCAAGUUUAAAGAAUCAUUCCUUAAGUCAAUUAGUUAAAGAUUUUAGAAAUGUUAUGCAACCUCAUACUGCCAUCAACUUAAGAGAACGUAAAUCUAAUAAGUUGAGGGAUUUCAUAGUGAUGGCUGGUCCUCUUGGUGUAUCUGAUUUAUUCAUUUUUAAACAAUCUGAACAAUCUGGUAAUAUAUCUUUAAGAAUUGGAAAAUUACCUAGAGGUCCAACUUUACAAUUUAAAGUGAAUGCUUAUUCAUUAGUUAAAGAUGUUAGUAAGAUUUUAAAACAUCCUAAAUCAAUAGGGAGAGAUUCAAAGGAAUUUUUAACUCCUCCAUUAUUAGUUCUUAAUGGAUUUUCAAAUAAAUUAAAUGAAGUUGAUAAUCAUGAAAAAUUAAUGGUAACCAUGUUUCAAAAUAUGUUUCCCCCAAUUCAACCCCAAUCUACUAAAGUAAGUUCUAUUAAAAGAGUAUUAAUGAUAAAUAAAGAUCCUCAAACUGGAGAAAUUGAAAUCAGACAUUAUGCUAUAAAUACUAAAUUAGUAGAAGAAAAUAGAAAUGUUAAAAAAUUAAUUAAUAGUCAUCAUAAUUUAAAGAAAAAUUUACCUAAUUUAUCCAAGAAUUCCGAUAUUUCAGAUUUAUUAUUAGAUCCUUAUUCAGUAGGUGGUAUUACAUCUGAUUCUGAAAUUGAAGAUGAUGCCAUUGUUGAAAUUAAAAAUGAAAACAAUAAUAAUAAUAAUGCUACUGUCAUCGUUAAUAAAAGAAGAAUAAUAAAGAAACCAACUGGUGAAGGUGAACAAGAAGAAGAAGGAAAUGAAUCAGAAACUGAAGAAACUACUACCACCCAAGAACAAGCUCCAGAAGCAGCUCCUACCAGAAAGAGAGCUAUCAAAUUAACUGAAUUAGGUCCACGUAUAAGUAUGACAUUAGUUAAAAUAGAAGAAGGAUUAACUGGAUCUUCUAAAACUCUUUAUCAUGCCAAUGUUAAUAAAUCUAAAGCUGAAAUUGCUAAAUUGGAAAAGGCUCAUGCUAUAAAGGAAAAAUUAAAGGCUGAAAGAAAGGCUAAACAAUUAGCUAAUGUUGAAGCUAAGAAAGCUAAAAAGGAUGAAAAGAAAGCCAGAAAGAAGGCAAGAGAAGAAGGUGGUGAUGCUGAAGUUGCUGAAGAAGACAAUGACGUUUCAAUGGAUGAGAGUGAUAGUGAUGGACCAGAAAUUAAUCCGGAUGAUUAUGAAAACGAUAGUGAUUUAUUUAGUGAUAUAGAAAAGUAGUUACUUUAUAAAUUAGUGUAUA